GAAAAAAAAUGGUAUGAAAGAAAAAGUUUACAAUUUGACAAAAACAAUCAAAUUUUGAAAAAAAAUAAAAUAAAAUUAUAACUACGUUAAAUGUCAUAUACUAUUGAAUACAAACUAUACCCAAAUUAUUCUAUAGUGUGUACUUUUAUGUGAUUGUUUGCUCUUGUGUUAGAUUCUUUCUUUUAUUGAUUUCACGAAAAAGAAUAAAUUUUUCUAAAUGAAAGAAUUUAAAUUUAAAUAUACGCGGCUAGUCAAACGAACAACUAAAUAUUCGCAUUGCGCAAUAUUUAUGAUUGUGAUAUUAUAACCUGAUUUGCAGCUCUGGAUAAAAUGGGGGAAACAAUAAUAACUCUUUGUAUUAUUAUACAAAAGGCCACACAAUUGAAUUGUCUUAUAAAUAUCUGUUUAUAAAAUCUCUCUUCAAUUUUUUUUCAUCAAACUUCGCGAUUUGCUUUUACUUUCUGUAAUUUUAUACAUCAAUUCUUAUUUCUUGUUAAUCAAAUUUAUUCCUUUCCGCUAAAAUUCAGUGCAAAAAAUGGAAAAUAUGCAAGAAAUUAUACUCAAUGAUCAUAAAAAUAUUAAAUCAUUUGCAAAAAUUUGUGACAAUUUAGAGUUUUGGAUGACAAGGCUUCCGGCUCCACUUCGCAAUUUACCCAUAAUUCAUUUGUCCAUUCCCGGAUCACAUAACACAACGACCUAUACAAUCAAUCGUUACAAUGACAUUGGAAUUGAUGAAUCAAAAAUAUUACAAUUUUUCGGACAAUGUUUUCCAUUUAUUUUAAAACCAAUAAUUUUCAAUUGGUCCAUAAAUCAACAUGAAUCGAUAAAUGAACAAUUAAAUGGAGGAAUUCGUUAUCUUGAUUUACGUAUAGCGACAAAAUUAAAUAGUGAUUCAAUUUAUUUUCUUCAUGGACUCUAUGGAUCCGAGGUUAGUGAACCUCUUCAACAAAUUAAUGAUUGGCUCUCGUCACAUCCAUUUGAGAUCAUAAUUCUUGAUUUUCAACAUUUUUAUUCCUUCUCAGAGGAUCAUCAUCGACGUUUAAUUGGAAAAAUUAAAAAUAUUUUUCGCUGGAAAUUGUGUCCAGUUUAUAAUCGACUUGAUCAUAUUACAUUGCAAUGGUUGAUUAGUCAAAAAUAUCAAAUUCUCAUCAUUUACAGGAAUAUUGUGGCGAAAAAUUUUCAAGAUUUAUGGCCAAGUGGAAUGUGGCCAACACCUUGGCCUGAUACAACAAAUUCCAAAGAGUUAAAUGAAUUUUUAACUGAAACAAUUAAGAGAAGAUUGCCAAAUUUGGGUUUUAUUUCACAAUGUUUGCUAACUCCAAAUAUUUCCUAUGUGAUGAGACACUUGAAUGGUAAUUUAGAUAAAGAUUUAUCGGAAAAAUGUCGACUUGCCUCAUUUCCUUGGAUAAAUUCAAAUAAACCCGGACCUGGAGGUAUGAAUAUUGUUAUUACUGAUUUCGUUUCGCAUUGUGAUUUUUUAUUUUCAAAAACAGUGAUUCAACGAAAUGCAACUUUACUCGAGGAUGGAAAUUUAACCCGCCCUUAGAAAAAAGGCUUUUUUUUUUAAUAAGACUAAUAGGAAAUUUUAUUAUUAUUAUUAUUUUUUUUUUUCUAAAGGGAUACAAAAUUCUAUAAUAUAAUUGUGACAUGCGGUGAAUAAUCUUCUGACAUAAUUUCAACUGAAUACAUAUAAUAUAUAUAUAUUUCUCUGAGAUAAUUUUUUUUUAUAUACAAUAAAUAUGACAAUCACGAUCUAUAAAUAUUUAUCGAUUUUUAUUAAAAAAAAAAAAAAUCGUUAAUUUGUGACAAUGAAUAAAAAUGGUUUUUUCAGUGAAAAAGAA